GGGGCAUGAAGUGACAGUUCACACAGGGCUCCUGAUCAACAGGAGGAGAGAGAUCAGUAGACACAGACAGAGAUAGUGACCAUACAGAAAGUGGAGAAAGAGGAGAGAGACCCUAGUGCUGUGGUUGAUUAAUCGAGGCAGUAGAGGCAGGAUGUGGGUCCUCAUCUGGGCAGCUCUACUUCUCUCUCUGACAGAGAGAACCACAUGCAACAAACAGCCACCACCACCACCACCAAUAGCAUCACCCUGGACCAUCACCUUCAGUCCAGCAGAGAUAACAGCAGAGAAGGGACUAUGUGCUGUUAUUUCAUGUACCUUCAGUCAUGCAGAGAACUUCAAUCCUACUGCAGCAAUAUGGUUUAAAUGCCCUGAAAAUGGCAAAUGUGAUCAGGAUGAAAACAUAAUUAUCCACUCUGAAACUCCCUCUAAAGCUCAGGAGGGUUACAGAAAGAGAGUGUCUCUACUGGAGACUGAUAUGACAAAGAAGAACUGUAGUGUAAUCAUCAACAACAUCAGAAAGAAUGACUCUGGAGAGUAUCAGUUCAGACUGCUAAGUGCAUUUACAUACUCCAAGAAAGUGAAAAUCACAGUGAGAGCUCUGACCCAGAAGCCCUCAGUGUUGACUCCUCCUCUGACAGAGGGAGAACCAGCUACUCUGACCUGCACCGCCCCGGGGAUCUGCUCUGGAACUCCUCCUAACAUCACAUGGACAUGUAGAGGGACAGGAGACAACAUCACUGAGCUCAGAGACAAUACCACCAUACAGAAGAGAGAGGACCUGACCAGCGUCACAACAUCCCACUUCUCAACUUUGACCUUUACACCCUCAGCUGAGCACCACAACAUGAUGGUUACCUGUCAAGUAACUCAGAAAAAACUUCAAAUUGAAGAGACAGUAACUUUGAAUGUAACAUAUGUGAAAGACCCCCAAAUAACUGGAAAUAAAACAGUGAAGGAGGAUGGUACCCUGGGUCUGACCUGCAGUGUUGACAGUUACCCACCAUCUGACAUCACUUGGAGUAAGAACAGGACAAGUGCCCCACUUCAGAAUUACACUGAAAAUGCCACUCUCACCAUCUCCAAUGUGACAAGAGAACAUGCUGGGGAGUAUGUGUGUACAGCGCAACACCUCAACAGGACUAUGACAGCUUCCACUGUUGUCACUGUGAUGUACCAUCCUGUGAUUCUUCCUGGCUCUGGGUGUGUGGAUCAGGCAGAGGUCAUGACCUGUGUGUGUGUCAGUCAGGGGGUUCCCUUACCCCUCAUAGAGUGGCCACUGUUGGUGCUCAACACAGAGAACACUAUGUCAGUGUUGGGUUCCUCAGUGAACAGCACUAUCAGCCUGCCUGUUAGAAACCACAACAACACCACUGUGGAGUGUGUCAGCGGAAAUGUGGUGGGUGUAGUGAGAGCGAAGUUGCAGGUCACCCAAAAUAAGAGCCAAGAAAAUCAAAGAGAGAAGGGACGGGACAGUAUUAUAGCUAUUCUGUCGGACCAAAAACUGAUUAUUGCGUUUGUGAUUGGUGCAGCCCUCUCAGCCACCAUCUGUUGUAUCUUCAUGUGUUUGACAGGGAAAUGUAAAAGACAAAAAGAGAGGAUCCCAAAGGACUCAGACUCCAAAAGCCCUUUCAUGAACCUGGAGAUGGUGGCAUGUGAAGACCAACAGACAGAUGCAGGACAAGCUGUGGGGGGCGAACAGACACCUCUGCAGGGGGUGCUGAGGGAGGGAGCUGAAAAUGGAGGGCCCCUGACCAGUGGAGCCACGGGAAAAUCUGCCACAAGGGAAGAACCCAAAGAAGUGGACUACGCCAGUAUUGACUACUCCCUGCUGAAGAAGAAGACUCCUGAGGAGGCACAGAAGAAGACCACCACCACAGAGUCAGAGUAUGCCGAAAUCAAACGAGAGAAGAAGAAAGAUGGGGAAGAAGAUGAAGGAGAGGGGAGUGGUGUGAUGGAGGAGGAGGAGAAAGAGAACAGUAAGCCAGCAGCAGAGACAGAUGAGGAUACAGCGCUUUACUCCAACGUCAAGGCUAUUAUGGGUGGUGAGUGACACAGCAAUUUUCGCUAAAAAAAGUGGGGGAUAGCAUACAGUGUUAUACAGCCAUGGGUUCUUAUAUAAUUUUCUGAAUCCAGAUUGAAAGUUUUAAGAUGAUACUGGGACUUUUGUUCAACUGAAACUAUGGUAGUUAAUAGUUUUGGUGUUGUUUCCUCAUGUGCUGAAUCCAGUUGGAAUGUUUUCUGAUAAUACAGAGACUUUGUUUAAUAACUGAAACUACUGUAGUUAAAAGUUUUGGUAAAUGCUUUAUUUUACAGCCCUGUGUCAGAUGGUACUGUACGUGCCUGGUGGUUGUACAAUUUUAGUUUAGUAAUGAUUCUGUUUUGUCACCAUGAGGAAGGACUGACAAAUAUGUGGUUUGGAGAAGUAGAGAGGUCAAACCAUUUCUUGUUUUUUUUACUCCUCUUUCCUUUCAUUUUUGCAUUUCGAAUUGACAAGUGGGGUUGGAAUAUUAGGUAGUAUGUGUGGUUGUAACCAAUAUAUUUCUGUACAUAGAAUACUGAUUUACUGCAGAAAAUGGUGUCAAAAUGUUAUACAGAAUUCUCAUUUUGGGCUAGCCAGAGAGCUCAAAUGAAAUGAAUCAAGAAAAAAAAUGCAUUACGCUUUUAAAAGUUGUGUGCUAUAGACGGGUUGGUUGUCUAGCAACAAAACAGAUGUGUGCACAGCUAUGGGGCAAAACAGACAGGUUGGCUUACAUUGUUGACCAAAUGUAAACUAUAUUUUGUCUCCAAUGUUUAUUGAAAAUAAAAAUACAUUUGCACAAUGAG